AUGUUGUUAAUUCUGUCCUUAAUCUUUGCGGUUUUCCCAUCACCGCUUCGUAACCUACUUUUGUCUCUCUUGAUGGGACGGAAGAUACAGGAGGGUAAUAAGACAAACUCGGAUGAGCAACUGGCGGAGGUUCAUGGUGGGGUGUGGGAACAACCCUCUGUCUUUGCACACAUCGAACAAGGCUUGAAGAAGAAUCCAGAUGGACCAGCAGUCAUUUCAACGAUUCGGUCCGCAGAUGCUAUCCCUUACCUCGUAUCCCGAGAGACUCAUAAAACCACAACGAGUAUAGCUUCGGUCGCUCAAAAGUCAUCUUUGCCCAAGUCUAGUGUCUCUCCUUUUCAAAAUGGCGCAUUCUCCCCCCUCCAAUUCGGCGCAUUCACGCAGCCGUUUGGAACAGAGGGAAAGGAGAGCGAAGAACCGAAGGUUGUCAUUCAGGAAAACCCCAAGACAGAUACUUCCUCAGCAUACUUGACAAUCACAUACAAUCAACUACACCGCACGGCUUUGAAGUUCGCCGCUGGAAUGAUGGCGAAUGGAGUCAAAUCAGAUACUAGAAUGCUUAUGAUCAUUCCUAAUGGCGGAGAAUACACUCUCCUUCUUUGGGCUUGCACUCUACUCCGUAUUACCUACGUCAGCCUUGACCCUGAAAUGCUUGAUAUCUCCGGCUUUACCACCCUUAAGGCUACCAUUCGGACUGUGAAGCCGCAGAUUGUCGUUGCACCCGAUGCUAUUACAGGAAAAUCAGUCGAUGUAGCAAUCUCAAAACUUCGAUUACCAAAGCCACUUACACUUUGUCUGUCCUCCUCACGAACUAGAAACUGGAAGCCACUCGCAGACUUGGUACAUGAAGCGUUGAAAUGUCCCAUCGAUGAAGAGGCCGUUGUGGCAGCCGCGCGAAACGACAAUCCCAAGCGUAUUCACUCCAUUAUGUACACAUCCGGCACAUCCGGUAUCCCCAAGGGAUGUCCAAUGCGCAUUUCAAACAUGUCGCACAUGCUUCACUCGCAGUCAUGGCUCAUUGAUGCUGAAACAAGUACAUUCGCUCUACAACAGCCCCAUAACUCGCGUGGGAUUGCGCCCGCACAGACAAUGCAGACAUGGAAAGCUGGAGGUGCGGUGGUGAUGACAGGUCAAGAAUUCAACGUAAAGGAUGCUUUGAAAGCCAUUACCAAGAUACAUGUCACAUUUAUCGUCUUGACCCCACCAAUGGUUCACGAAAUGGCCGUGGAACUUGCCGCAAACCACGUUGAUGUCAGCUCCGUUAAGAGGAUUCAAGUCGGCGGAGAUGCCAUUACCAAAGUAUUAUUGCUCAAGACUGCGUCUAUCUUCCCCAAGGCUCAGGUAUGCGUUAACCAUGGAAUGACCGAGGGCGGUGGUUCAUUCGCAUGGCCAUUCUUCGAAAUCCCAAUUUCUAGUAUUCCAUUCUUCGGUGAAAUCUGUCCCAUCGGUGUUGUCGCACCUGGUGUUACCAUUCGCGUCUGGGAUACCGUUAAGAACAGCGUUGUAAGGAAAGCUCAACUCGGAGAGCUGCAUGUUACAAGCGGAAGUCUCAUCAAGCACUAUUUCGGAGGCAAGUCUGAGACGUCAUUCUACGAUGAUCAUGGCGUGCGUUGGUUUAAUAUUGGAGACGUUGCUAUCGUAAAUCAGAGCGGGUUAGUAUCAAUCCUUGGUCGCCAGAAGGAUAUGAUUAAGCGUGCUGGUGUUGGUAUCAUGCCAGCUGCACUUGAGAGCUCUAUUGCGGCAUUCACUGGGUCACAGACAGUUGUCGUUCCCGUUACGCACCCAGUCGUCGGCCACGAGCCAUUCGCAGUUCUGAGUUCAUACAACGACAAAACCCAAGAACAAAUCAAGGAGCGUGUUUGA